AUGAAUUUUCUACUUUUGGUCGUUUUGACGACCAAUCUUGUUCUCGGAGAAGAAGUCGGGAGGAAAGUGGAGGGUGGGAUGUUCACCCUGGAUGUUCAGCUUUUGCGAAAAUUGGGGAACAAGGAAGACAAAAUAGUGCCCUUGUUGAGGGAAAUGGUCGCUUCGUGUGGAGGGAAGGAAAAUUGCAAAUCGCCUUGUCAGACGGCUGUAUUAAGGUAUCUGGAUCGGGUUCCGGUGUGUUCAGGAGAUGCCGGCCCGCAUAAGGAAAACCCGUUUUCCGCUUAUAAAUUAAUUCAUCGCGUGGGGAAACGUCUCGCUCUGGCGAAUUCGACUUGCUCCAAGGAAAAUGAAAACUUUGCUGUGGUAUUUAUAUCACUUUUUGAUCAAUUCGUUUCCUCCCUCGGGUUAAACUUUCCUUCAAGACAGGACAUCGCCGAUGCCUCGGAUGGGAUGUUACGGCUUCAGGAAACUUACCAAAUGAGUGUUCCACAGUUCACUCCAGGAAAACUUGCCCAAUAUAGCUUCAACUUGUCCUUUUCGCUGGAAGAAAUCAUAAUUUUGGCCAAUAUGGCAAAAAAUUUGCAUAUGUUCGACAUGAAUAUUGAGUACCUAUCGCUAGCGUUGGAUAUAGCCCCGGCUAAUUUAAAACUUCAAGUAUCUGGUCUGCUCUUGGACGCUAUUUCAAAGCACAACGAGAAAUGGGCGGAACUUUCAAACGAAACGGAGUCCGAGCGUCUCGGAUUAUUUGUUGAACCGAUCCAAUCCGGAGAACCCCUGCCCAUGCAAACUUUCACGAAACUUCGACAACAAGUGGUAGAUGGCGUGAUCCCGCCAAGUGAAACCUUAACACUUCCCAAUCUUUGUGCGGGAAGUAAUUUUCAAAAUCAGAGUGAAAAGGCCAAGUUGAAAUGCUGGUAUGAAACGGGAUCCAAUCCUUAUUUUCUAAUUGCUCCGCUCAAGAUAGAGUCUGUUUGGACAAGCGCGCGGAUAAAUUUGCGCCUCAUUCACAACGCGGUAGGAAACGGCAUGAUUUCUGAACUUUACGGAUUGGCAAACGAAAAAAUGGGACGGUCCAUGGUGACGUUGGAUAAUUUGAAUAAGGACGAAUUUACAAAUGAGCGAACCUCAAUUCAGACGACCCUAAAGUCCACACAAACUCCAUUUUUGCUCCCGCUCUACAAGGACGUCGAAAUGCUGACGGGGCUGAAGUUUAUAAAUCCGGAGAAGGCGGAAAAAUUACAGUUGACCGACGUGGAACUUGGAGGCGCGACUGCAUUCCCCGAGCUGGGCGUGGCUGUCUCACCGUUAAAGGGUGCGGCCCUGAUCUGGAAUAAUAUCCAUUUAACGGAUGGAACCCAGAUUGAGGAAAGCUUGCACACUUAA